CGGGAAGGAAUGAAUAUGUGUUUAUUUUCAUUUCAGAUUACUGUAGAGCGUGGAGAAAAAAGCGUCCACGUUCCCAAAUCCUUCUCUUCACGGAUGGCAGCUUGGCUUGCUGAACUCGUCAUGACCAUCGCUCUUGUGAUUGCAGGCAGCGUGGUGGCAGAUCCCGAAGACACCAUGCAGAGAGUCUGGAGGGAUGACUACAGUGACGAAGAAGGCAGUCCGGCUGCUCAGCGAUCAGGACUCUUAUGUCCUUGCACUCAGGGGUGCUGCGAUGAAGGCUGGUUUCAGUACAAAGAUGCUUGUUAUCUGCCAAUCACGGACCAGGCCCAAAACUGGUUUACUGCUAAGGACCACUGUGGGAACGUUGGUGCCCAUCUUGCCUCCAUUCAUAGUGAUGAAGAACAAAACUUCAUCUUUCACCUGAUGGGAAAGCGCAAGGAUUACUGGAUUGGUGCAGAGAAAACUAAUGACCCAACAGAGCUCUGGAAGUGGACUGAUAACUCCGCGUGGGACUAUUAUACAUUUGCGCGGUCUUUAGAUGUGGAAGACCCCCGGAGUAAUUUAGCAGUCGACAGAAAUGAUGGUAUCCAGUGGAUCUAUGUACAUAAGCAUCAUCUGGGCACGUAUGUUUGCAAAUACCUUCUGGACUGAGGAUGCACCCU